GUGAAAAGCUGAAGUGAUUGUUGCGCUUUGAAUAAAAGUUAUAAAAAGAAAGACACAAAGAGAUCGAAGAAAAGUUGUAAGAAGCAUUGAAGAUGCCUUCAGUUGAAACAAUAGCGACGAUAUUCGUCAAAGUAUUCAAAUUGGUGCUCAACGUGAUUUGUUUGAUCAUCUACAGAUUUGGUUAUGGCGGUGACUUCUUGGGUAUUGGUGGUACGUGGAACUUAAACGAGGAAAAGUCUCCAGAUGCUGAAAUCAUUGCUUCCGGUGUCUACGUCGGUUUCCUGAUUUACACAUCUGUACAACUUUUCACUUAUCUUUUUGGAACUACUAAACACAAGCGUGAACUUUCCGACACUAUAAUGAACGUUGUUGGUGUUCUGUUAUGGUUGGGCGUUGCUGGAACUGCUUUACAUUAUUGGCAUGGAUAUCAACCACCUCAUGACUUCAUUGCAGCAGCAUCUGAAAGAAUGAUGGGUCUUAUCCUUGGAUACUUGACGUUAUUGGUGGCUGCACUUUACCUUGCUGAUGCCGUACUUGCAUUUAUUCAUUAUGCAAAACAUGAAUAUGAUAAAUAUUAAAGUCAAAGUUUUCCUUUCUCCAUCAAAGCGAUGAUAACAGAAUUUCUUCAUCGACACUUCACAACACACACAAAUAAAAUAUUGAAAGCUUAGGAUUAGUGAAAGCCAAAAUAUCAAUUAAGGAAAUGCUAAAUAUGUUUAAGAAAAUUUGUUUUUUUAUUGUAUUUGCUUUAAGCAAUUUAAAUUUCUUUACAUUGUAAAACAAUCCAAUUAUCGAUUAUAAAUAAUAAAGACGAAAGUGAAUGACAGUUUAUUAAGAAUCAAAUUGAAUGAGUUAUGUU